AUUCGAGUGGUGCGUGUUGGAUUGGUUGGACGGAGUACAAUACUUGCUUGUCUUUUUGAAUUUGUUCAGUUUGGUUCGUGAUAGCGAUGGAGACGAAAAAGAGACGCAUUCUACAACGUAUUCACAAAACUUUGUCCUUGGACCCUGACAUCACGAAGAGAAACAAGCAAAUUCUUGGCGAAGUGUUGGACGGCCUUUGUGCAGAGAUGAACAAGGACCCCUUGUUUGCUUGGCUAUUUAACAGACUUAUUUACACUGGUAGUAUGUACGAAGGGCUGCGCAUCCAUCAAGCGGACGAGUUCGACGUCAAUCUGGUCAUGAAACUGCCUGUGAAGGAAGGUGAUUUCCAGUUAUGGAAUCUCCCUAAAGGAGAUACUCCAUGCAAAUGUUGCGUACAAGCACAUAUCGGCACUCGCCACCCUGCGAGCACGCCAGAAAACCGAAGAUCCCGGAUCGUUGCCGAAAGACCUGGUUAUGUGAGCUACACACUAACAGUGGCCUGCAAGGAGCGCCUAGAGCAGGACAUGGAAGGGCAAGAAUUGCGUUCUUUGUUUAAACGCUUGCAACGUUUGCUCACCAAAGAUCUCAAGUUGAAUCCCGUAGCUUGGCGGAGGUGGUUUCAGUCUGUCCUGGACAAGGCCCUGGCAAGCUAUAAGCCACCUUCUUUCAAGUUGCGGCAGCGGGAGAGUGGUCCUGCCAGGACGCUGCAUCUGGAGCUUCCCGAUGAGAGCCACAUAGACAUAGACUUGGUGCCUGUCUUGGAACACAGUUUCCACCAGCUUCCUGCAGACGUGCCUUCUCACGAGUGGUUCAACGAACUUCUUAGUCAGGUAACACCUUGGCUUGAGAUACUCCAGGCGAAUGUUGCUGACAAGCACAAAGAAAUCUCCGAAUGUUGCUGCCAAGCACGAAUGGGCACCUGCCACCCAGCGGGCACGCCAGAAAACAACACAUCCCGGCAGCAUGACGGAAAGUGGGUCAUGGUUCCGAAGGCACACGAAGAUGACAGCACCCUCUGGCGCAUCAACUUCCCAGAAGUCGAGAAGAAGUUAAUGAAAGACAGGGGAUGCAUGAAGCCUACAAUUCGACUGAUGAAAGCUCUGAGGGAAAAGCAACAGUGGCCCCUUUCUUCGUACUCCAUGAAGUCCCUGGUGGUGCACCACAUGCUGCAAAAACAAGAGAGAGCACACUGGGACAAUAAGAACCAGUGGACUGUGUUCAUUCACGUCCUUAUGAGGCUUCAUGAUGUCAUCAAUCCUUCUGGGCCAGGCAUUCGUUCUGUCUUCGAUAAUAAUGUGAGCUUGAUCCCAGACAUGUCGCGUGCGACGAGGUCUAACAUAGCUGGUCGGCUUCACAAUAUUCUGAAUGCUGUGGCCAAGAAGCCCGAUAGAGUGCUCAAGUUUUUCCCUGCAAAACCACCAAAGAUCCAAGUGGAUUCCCUCCUACCAGUGAUGAAAAAUGUCUGUGACCUAUUCCUGAUUUCGUCUUUGCCAGCCACUGAAGUGUGUGAAAUGUUUUGUCGAUGCCAUCGUUGUCAUCAGCAUUGUCGAUUGCGUCACGACAAAAAAACCUGCAGUCCCCGUGUAAACUCGUCAUCUAAAUAUAUGGCUGGAGGGACACACCAUCGUUCCAUGUCGAAGCGUAAAGAUACUAGGAUUGAUUUUCCACUUGGAUCACGCCGACACAAUGCUACUGAACAAGCUGAAGAUAACACAGCAGCCCAAGUUACUCGUAUGAUACUGCUAACAACAAAGACAAAAAGCAUAUGAGAGGCGGACACGCUUCAGCUUGUCCAAGCCUUCGUCGUUUCUCGAAUAACAUGCCGUACCAUACGCAGUAGUCAACAUGAUAGAGAUGAAUAAAAUUGCCUGCUUGUAUGCCUUUCUGAUCAUUGUGUCCGUGGGUCUACCAGUCAGUACUUCAACAAAACUUUUCCUACGGCUAUGGGUGCACAGUACAGCUGAGGGCCUGAUCGAGGCACAUCUCUCCAGCCAGCAAACAUGGCUGGCAGUCUAAGAAACGGACAGGUCCAUGCUCUUACAUCGGAGUCUCUCUGCCCCUCUUAACCACCCACUUCUACAGACUAUAAGCCUACCCCAUGCCAUUUGCAGUAACAUCACCGUCCUGCCCUUACUUCACAACAUGCACCAUAAGCACAGAAGGAAGGCCAGGUCCGUUCACAAGCGAUAUGGUUGUGAAACCUCGACAGCCUAAAUGGAUGCGGCGUCUUACCCCAGACGAGCAGCCGCUGUAAU